CUUCACCUCCUCCUCCUCCUCCUUCACCUCCUCCUCCUCCUUCACCUCCUCCUCUUCCCCCUCCUCUUCCCGCCCCCCUUAGCCGGGCCGCGGCCGACAAGAUGCCCGGCGCGCUGCUGCGGCGGCGGCGGGGCCCGGGAAAGGGUCGGGGGCCGCCGGCCUCCCCGCUGCCGCCUCCCCGCCGCGCCGGGCCCUGAGGACACCCGUCCCGCACCGCUCCCGCACAUCGGUAAAGCGAGCCUUGGGACACUGAGGACGGCAGCAAUAGGCUGCUCGAGAACUCUUCCUACGGCCGAACGGCAGGAGACAUUGUGUUGAGCGGCGGCAGUGUCAUCCUGAGUCUGGCACCGAAGUGGAAGCCCCAGUCAGCGUUCAAGGUAGCACUGAAAUUCUCCAGUUGAUUAAGUUCACUGUACAAUAAUCGUAUUUCUCUGACUCGAGGAACACACUUACAGCCACCCUCAUACUCAUGCCCUCGCCUUGCUUCGAAUCAAUCACUCAAAGGAAUUCCAUCCAACUCUGCAGUGAAUUUUGAAUUUGUGGAGAGUUUCUGCUUUGCCGGGGAAAGGCAGCUGGGCUAUUCACAUGAAACCCUGAUUAUCUCAGCCGUCUUGCAAAAAGCACCCAACCUGCAACAAGGUUCAUCUUGACUCCAAGUGCACCACUAAGGUGUCUGUGACGAGCUUCUCUCUUCUUGAGGAUUUGGUGUUGGGUCUGUCGGCCUGCCCUGCUGAACCCUAGAGUGAAGAGGAAAACCUGAGCAGUACAAGUGAGGGCUUCAUCAUCCAAGAUGCCUGUCCCUCCCCCUCCAGCCCCUCCGCCCCCCCCAACAUUUGCACUGGCAAACACGGAAAAACCUUCCCUAAACAAGUCUGAACAGGCUGGGAGAAAUGCUCUUCUCUCUGACAUUAGCAAAGGAAAAAAGCUCAAGAAGGCUGUAACCAAUGACCGAAGUGCACCCAUCUUGGACAAGCCUAAAGGAGGCGGAGGCGGAGGCGGCGGUUUUGGCGGAGGCAGCAGUGGAGGCGGGGGCAGCGGAGGAGGCUUCGGAGGCGGUGGCGGCCCACCUGGUUUGGGCGGGUUGUUCCAAUCAGGAAUGCCAAAGCUGAGGUCUACUGCCAACCGAGAUAACGACUCGGGAGGAAGUCGACCACCAAUUUUGCCACCAGGAGGAAGAGCCAUGUCUGCCAAACCCUUUUCUCCCCCCAGCGGCCCGCCGCGGUUCCCAGGAUCUUCCCCAGGCCACAAGGGUGGUGCUCCUGAGCUCCAGAGGAGCCGAAUGCCUCCCCCUCCAAGGCCCGAUGCCAGCUGUAAGCCCGACGGCGGGCCUCCACCCAUUCCAAACACUCCGAGACCCUUCCAAUCCAGUUUCCACAACCGGGGCUCUCCUCCAGUACCAGGAGUCCCCAGACAGCCCAACCUGGGACCGACCCCGCCACCUUUUCCAGGGCACCGAAACCCAGCCUCCGGAGGAUCCAUCCGUCAGUCAUCCCCAGGACCCCCCUCUCCCUUCUUCAACAGGCCCCCGCUCCCUCCAGCCCCUGGCAGAGCCAUGGAGGACAAGCUGCCACCUCCCCCUCCUCCACUGGGAAAUAGGCCAAUGAUCAACAGGGAAGGGGCGCCACCUCCCCCACCUCAAAACAACAAGCCCCCGGUGCCUUCCACCCCUCGGCCAACCACCACCUCACAGGCCCCACCUCCACCACCUCCUCCUUCUAGGCCUGGCCCUCCCGCCUUCCCUCCAGGUUCCGGUGGAGGUGAUGAAAUUCCCAGGCUCCCCCAGCGGAAUUUAUCCCUCACUUCCUCCGGACCCCUCUUACCAUCAGCGGGGCGUUCCGGACCCCUGCCGCCCCCACCCAUGGAGAGGCCGCCUCCUCCCGUGAGAGAACCACCGAGCAGAUCAGGACCUCUUCCUCCACCACCUCCUAUAAACAGAAACGGUAACAUUGCAAGGGCAUCGCCCGCUCCCCAGCUGCCCUCCAGAGGUGGAUUAGAAACCCAGAGGGGCGGCCCAAGGCCUCCACUCCCUCCAGAUCGGCCGGGCUCCGGUGCUCCUCCCCCUCCACCGCCACCAUCCUCUUCGAUCCGAAACGGUUUCCAGGACUCACCCUGUGAAGAUGAGUGGGAAAGCCGAUUUUACUUCCAUCCAGUAUCAGACUUGCCACCUCCCGAGCCAUAUGUACCAAUGAACAAGAACUACCCCAGCAAACUGGCACGAAGUGAAAGCAGAAGUGGCUCCAGUAGGCGAGAAAGAGGAGCUCCUCCUCUCCCGCCCAUCCCGAGGUGAACAGGGGCCCCGACUUUCCAGCCGGACCGCUGUGUUUACCUGGACUGAACGGUUGCUUUGUUGUCGUCUCUGGAAAAUUGCCAUUUUUUAUAUUCCUUCCAUGUUGGCCAAGGGGCUAAGCAAGGAUUUUCUGAGAAUCAGCUAGAAAAAUGCAAGUAGAGUUUUAUGACCAGUAGAUGCCCAAAGCUGUGUGUUUGCUUCUGCUGCAACCAGUGUAAAUCAGCAUUUCAGGGACCACAUCAGGCAAUAGAUAAGUCCUUGUGACUGAAGGAUGGGACAAAUAUUCAGAUUUUAGGUCUGGGUCAGACAUUUAAAAUAGUUCCACUGCCUUUUGCUUCAUUGCCUUAAAGCUAGUCAUUGCUAGCAUUCCUUUCCAACUCCCCAUUUGCUUAAAGAGACCUGUUUCAUAGGAAGCUUGCUUUUUGUGUGUUUUUGCAUUUUUUAAGUUUUUUUUCUUUUCUGGCAUUCUGGCCUAUUUGCUAUGCAUCCGUGAACCACAGACCAUCCAACUGAGUUUGCUGAGCCUUGUCAGUCUGAGAAAGCCAGAAGUUGGCUUUUUACAGAAAAUGAAAAUGGUUGAAACCCACAGAAUGUUCUAGCAAUUCAGGGGAAGAGAGGUCCAGACCUUGUUUUGCAGUUAUUUGCAUGUUAGAUUUUUGUAUUUGUAUCCAGAGUUACUUAUGAGGAAUUCAGGUAAGGUCUAGACCUUUAAUUUCUUAGGAUCACGUGGAACAAAAUGGAAUAAAGCCAUAAUUAAACAGAAAGGGACUGAAGGCUUGUGAAUCUCACUACUCAGCACUGGCCGGUACAUCUGGCUGGAUGCCAGUUGGAUUCAUACCCUGCAGGUUUGGAGCAACCUAACCCUUAGCCUUUCCUCUCUUUCCCUGUGAUCAAGCUUCAUGUCUGUGGCCCAGCAUUGGUGGUUGCUUUGCAGAAAGUCAUGGAGGCAGGAGGCUUGGAAAAUGUUGUCUCAUUUUCUAGCAUCCCAAACAUUUAGAAAGGAAAGUGAGUUUGAGGCUGCUAGGCAUGUACCCCCCUGAGGGGGUCUGGAAUGGAGUGCCAUAGGAAACCUGCGUUGGAAAAUGAAAAUUGUUCAGUAAAAUCCCCAACCAAGAGAAGUUCGUGUUGGCAGCAUGUGAACAAGCCUCCAGAAAGGACCCUAAGAAAAGUCAGUCUUAACUUCUUCAGCCUAUUUUGUUUACAAAGCCACAUUGAAACUUUUUAAUCUUGUGAUAUUUGAAAAAAACAAAUGCUUUCAUUUCUGUGUUCUGCAUCUAAAUCCAGUGUUUAUAAUAGUUUCCCUUGCUAUGGUAGGUUAUAAAGUCAGCAUGUGAUAGUAACAAACAUUUAUGCAUCUACCUAAACUGGGUAUUAGUGCCUAUUUUUCAUUCACAGGUUGCUGGAUGAUUCCAACAUAAAUUCAGUCCAAAGAGGGAUUAUUUAAAAGAUUUGUAUUUAUAAACUAAAGGAUUGUAUCCGUUUAUAUGAAGAGAAGCAUUCAUAUGGAUUUCUAAAGAAAUGUGAAAUUCCCAAUUUGAGCAUACUGUAUUUUUUGUACCUUUCCUGUCUAGAAGUCCUGAACUUAAUUCAGUACUUCCCUGCUUCUCUUCCAUCUUUACACUUAUAUUCCAAGCAGUUGUUGGGUCUCUGCCCAGUGGUAUUUUUGGAGUUUAGAAGCAAAAGGAAGCAUAAUUUGCUUCAGUAUGUAGUACAGAGCAAAAUCUGCCCUCUUCAGGGUUUUUGCUGCUGCAGUAAGGGGUGAGGCAAGAUGCCAUGUCAUUCUUUGAUUGACUAUAGCCUUGAUCAGUGAGGUUCUCAGCAGUUGAUGUCCUAGGUAAAGUCCUCUUAAAUCCCUUACUAAGCCUGGGUGAAGCAAAGACAUGAAAAAAAUCCCACUCUACAGGAUGACCAGAUGUUUGUGGAGAGGUCAAAUGUGCAGUUUCAGUUCAUUUCAAAAAUUCCCAAUAUUUAGGAAUCCUCUCUCAAAUGGAGAUAAAAUCCCAGCUCAUGGUGGCCACCCAACCAGAAUUUAAGUUGGACAAGAGACUCUGCCUAGUUGUCACCAAUGUAUUCUUUCCCAGCACAUAGUACAGGGCUUUGCACACCCUAAGUGUUUAAUAAGUACUAUUACUGUUAUUACAUUUGCUCAAACUGCCCAUUUCUAAAAGUUGGCAGGACUUUUCCAGCUAGAAUUUUGUACAGUAUUUCUACACAAAUGCUCUAUGAAAACUACCGCAAAAGCCACCAAAAUAAGUAUUUCCUUUCCCCAAAUGAGGUUCCUACAUGUGCUUUCAUUUACUGUAAAAUUUCCAAAUACAAUAUAUUCAAGAUGCAAUACAGUAUUUUAACAUUCCUCAUAUCAUUUUAUAUUAAAACUAUUUACAGUAUUAAGAUUCAGUAUUUAUUUCAAUAUGCAUUUUGUUUAGAAAAAGGAAUAGAGCAGAAAAAAUGCUAAAAGCAAGUGGUGCCUUUGUGAUUCACGAGAAAUUGACUGUUUAUGUCCAAGCCACAGAUUAUUUUAUAGAUUUUUUAAAAUGGUUAGUUUUGUUUCCAUUUGUAUUACAAAGUCGUAAAUGUCUGUUGUUAUUGUGAGAGUGAAAUUAGAGAUGGGGUGAUUUGAAGAUUCCCAGUGUAUUUCUGGCAUAAAUUGAUCUUCCUCUCUCUCCUUUCCCUCUGUCUUGCCUUCAUCACCUAGUUUACAUUCAGGGACUGAAGGGGGAGAGGGAUUUUAAUGGCACUGUGAUCUCUACACAAGCAUAUUUUGGUUUCUUUUUAUCAUAAGAAUAAGUUCACUAUGAAAAUCUAUGUCUUUGUAAAGUAGCAAAAUAAUAAAUAAAAUCAGAAAAAUGUAUGUCAA